CCAGAAAGUGCCUCGAGGAAGCUUCCUUACGGGGAAGAACCCUACAAGAAGCACAGUGGGAUUUCUGGCUGCUUGUGAACAAAGCUGUCAAAAUGGCAGAAAACAAGGAGAGCACUGUGAAAAACGCCGAUGUGAGACCCAAGAGCAGCCGGAGCAGAAGCGCGGACAGAAAGGAUGGUUACGUCUGGAGUGGGAAGAAGCUCUCCUGGUCUAAAAAGAGCGAGCACUGCCCUGACGCUGAAACAGCAAGUGCUGCAGGAAGAUCAGGAGCUAGUCUGAGGAGCCAAGAGAGGAAAUACAGCUGCUCAUCUAUCGAGCUGGAUCUAGACCGCUCGUGCGGUCACAGGUUUUUGGGUAGGUCCCUCAAACAGAAGCUGCAGGAUGCCGUGGGUCAGUGCUUUCCCAUAAAGAACUGUGGCAGCCGGCACGCCUCAGGGCUGCCCUCGAAAAGGAAGAUCCAUAUCAGUGAGUUAAUGCUAGAUAAGUGUCCUUUCCCUCCGCGCUCGGAGCUCGCCUUCCGCUGGCACCUCAUCAAGAGGCACACGGCCCCUAUAAGUCCAAAAUCAGAAGACUGGAUCAUUAGUGAUUUAUCCCAGCACGAGGAGAGGGAGGAUCAGCUGCGAGACGAGGAGAGCGCCAGCGGAGGAACGGACUCUCCCUCCCAGUCCUGUGAUUUCCCCGACAGCAGUGAUUCGAGGUCUGAGCUGGUCACAGGUAAGGUGGUGAGAAGCAGUAGAGAUGAGAGCGACAUGGACUCUGACGACGAGGUUAUAACACUGUGCACAAGUUCUAGAAAAAGGAACAAGCCCAAGUGGGAAACAGACGAUGAGCUGCUACGGAUGGAGACCCCCCCGAAAUACCACACGCAGAUUGAUUAUGUCCACUGCCUAGUCCCAGACCUCCUCCAGAUCAAUAACAAUCCCUGCUACUGGGGAGUGAUGGAUAAAUACGCAGCUGAGGCACUGCUGGAAGGGAAGCCAGAGGGCACGUUCCUGUUGCGAGAUUCUGCCCAAGAAGACUAUUUGUUUUCUGUGAGCUUCAGGCGCUACAGUCGUUCCCUCCACGCCCGGAUAGAGCAGUGGAAUCACAACUUCAGCUUCGACGCCCACGAUCCUUGUGUCUUCCACUCUCCUGACAUCACAGGACUCCUAGAGCACUACAAAGACCCAAGUUCCUGUAUGUUCUUUGAACCCCUUUUAUCCACUCCACUGAACAGGACUUUUCCUUUUUCCCUUCAACAUAUAUGUAGAACGGUUAUCUGCAACUGUACCACGUACGAUGGUAUCGAUGCCCUUCCCGUUCCUCCCUCAGUGAAGCUGUAUCUGAAGGAAUAUCACUAUAAGUCCAAAGUUAGAGUACUCAGGAUUGAUGUACCAGAGCAGCAAAGCUAGAAAAUAUUUUUGUGAAAGAAUUAGAUUGUCUCUGCACAGACAAGUAGUAUGUUUGGUCUUUCUUCCUUCUUCUAGGUUUUUUAAUAGCUCUUUUUUUCCCCCUUUUUUCUGCAGAUUAUUUACCACCCAAACUAGCCUCCGACUAAGGCUUUUUUAUCCAAAUGUACUUUUGAGUCUUCCCAGCUUUAUUUCUUUUUACAAAUUAUAUUCAUUGUGGGCUUUUGGUACUGCUCCCAGGCUAGAUUUUAUGGAAUUUCAGGUAGGCUUUCUGGUAUUUCUAUAGAUGGCAAGUCUUUAGCUCUAAAACCCCUAAAAAUCAGUUUUGAAGUUGACCUGUCUUUUGUCUUUUGUAUUGUAAUUACCUGUGUUGCUGACACGUUUGAGAUAAUGCCCUGUUAAC